AUGUGUGGUAUCCUCUUCAGCGUUUGCGGUCAGACCGCUAGGUCACAAUCGCAAUCAGCAUACGAGCGCACUUGGUCGACCUUGCAGCAGCUGAACGCCCGGCGAGGUCCCAGCGCACAGGAUACAUACAGUCUUUCAAUUGCUCAAAACGAAGCACUGGGUGAAAAUGUGGACGCCGAAUUGACAUUCUAUGGUGCAGUUCUUCACCUUCGAGGAGACGUUGUUACUCGACAACCCCACGUCUCAAGCGCAGAGAACAUACUUCUGUGGAAUGGCGAAGUCUUUGACGGCAUUGCUGUGGAUCACCACGAGAACGAUGGCCAGGUGCUGAUGGAUCAAUUGGAGACCAUAUCUAGUCAGAGCAGCGGAAAGACACAUGCGGGUCUCUUUCUGGAGCUCAUGGCCAGGAUAGAGGGGCCUUAUGCGUUCGUUUAUUUCCACGCUGCAUCGCGUACAUUAUACUUUGGGCGGGAUUGUCUAGGAAGGAGAUCACUCUUGUGGCACAAGGAAGGAACGGAGGAAGGUUCCAUAAAACAUCCGUUCAUCUUGACGUCGGUCGGCUACAGCGCCCUCCACAAGGACCUGUUGGCUUUGGACGAAGUACCAGCCGACGGCAUCUACAGUCUCAGUCUAAAGACCGAGAGCCAGCACUCGUUGAUCAGGUACCCAUGGAUACCAUCUGUCCAGAUCGAUGGCACUUUGUCGGACACUUCCUGUAGUAUGCGACUUCCAUUCGGCAGAGUGAAUGAUCAUGUACCAACUGAAGAUCAGCUCUCAGAGACAUUUGCAGACGAUCUCAAGUUUGACCAGGCACAUCCGGAGAUCGUGCCUCCUAUAACGGAUGAUAUGAAGUUGGCUAUCUCCAGUAUGAUUGAGGUGUUGGGAGACUCGGUCCGGAGACGAGUGCAAGAUAUUCCGAGGACUGGUCUUCAACAUGAUGCGCGAGUCGGCAUUUUGUUCUCUGGCGGUCUUGACUGUCUCUGUCUCGCAGCCCUCGCAGACAGGUUUCUUCCCGAAGGCGAGGCCAUCGACCUAUUGAACGUUGGAUUCGAGAACCCUCGAUCUGUCAAGGCCAAGGCAGCAGAGGAGGCCCUCGCUCUCAAGCGACUAAAGAAACAAGGACUCUCCCCGUCCAGUAACGGAUCGCAAGUCCAGAGCUCAGGUGCAGAGCAUUCGAAAUACAAUGUUCCUGAUCGGAUAACGGGAUAUGAAAGUCUUGUGGAACUGAGACGGAUCGCACCGCACCGUCAUUGGAACUUUGUUGAGGUGAAUGUCCCGUUUGAGGAGGCUACGGCUCGGAGGGAAGAAAUCCUUGAGAGGAUCGCGCCUCUGGAGACCGUGAUGGACUUGAGCAUUGCAAUGGCGUUCUGGUUCGCAUCUAGAGGGCUUGGGUUUAUCAAGAAUGAGCUGAACGAAUUGGUGCCGUAUACGAGUCAAGCCAAGGUUCUUCUUUCCGGACUAGGAGCAGAUGAACAGUUAGGAGGAUACUCGCGUCAUAAAGAGCAGUACAAGACUGGAGGAUGGAAGGGGCUGAUCCAUGAACUGCAACUGGACCUAGACAGGAUAUCGACGCGCAAUCUUGGCCGAGACGAUCGCAUCAUUUCGGACCACGGCAAGGAGGCACGAUAUCCCUUCCUGAGCACCCAUGUGGUCAAAUAUCUCAGCCAACUUCGAGUCGAUCUCAAGGUUGACCUGCGGUACCCAAGAGGCGUCGGUGAGAAGAUCCUCUUGCGACAUGUAGCCCGGAACCUGGGUUUUGUAAGAGCCAGUUCACAUUGGAAGAGAGCUGUUCAGUUUGGGGCUCGCACGGCCAAGAUGACUGACGGCGGACGGUCAGAGAUCGGACAGCAAGUUGUAGACCGUAACGGCGGAGAGUCAUAA